CUAAUAAAGGCCGGCCAAAGACCAACUCAUUAUCACUUACAUUUUCAUUGAUAAAGUUUUUUUUUUUUAAGUAAUAAUGUCAUUUGUUUGAGCAUCUAUGUGAUCCAAAUUUGCAUCAUUCUCCGUAUUAUAUGGGAUAAAACAGAACGUAAAAUGGAGAUCACAUUUAUUGCUAAUUUUUGUUCACAUGAAUGAGAUCAGCCAAGUGAUCUAAUAAAAGGCUCUCCAUUUCACCCACCGAAAAAAUUCAUAACUCUACUGAAAGAAAAAAGGCUUAUUCGCCAUGAAGUCUUCCGUUUCUUUUACCAUAAUCGUCGCAAUCAUUUUUAUCCAAGCCUUAACGCCGUUCACUGAAGUGUAUGCGGACCAUACCGUAUGGAUACAUAACAAGGUAACUGCUGGUACAUUUACUAAUGCUGCAACCGUCUUAGAAAAUAAAAAAGGGGACUUUUAUUGGCAUGGUGAUGUUGGUGCAAUUGACAUAGAGGGCGAUUGGGCUCACAGAGGUUAUUGCUUGAAUGUUCCUGAUAAUGUGAAAUCAUAUUGGCUUGCUUUUAGAGUUGCUGCGUCUACUGAAGAUGAUAAAUGGCGCGGCCCAUUCAAUAAUGAUGGGGAUAAAUGUUGGCACUUUCAUGGUACUAUAGAUUCUUGGAAUGUAUUCGAAUGUUAAACCAAUUUUAGCAAAAAUGUUACACGAUUUCUUUUUUUCAAUAAUUCAUUUUUAACGGAUCCUGAUCAUCAGAAUUUUAAGUUCUACUAAGUUAAUUUUAUAUAUAUACAAUAUAUUGUAAUCUUAACCUGUGUGACUAUUAUCUAUUUUACUAUAGUUUUCGCUCUACUUUUAGCUUU